CAAGAUGAAUCAUAGCUAUGAGAUUCAAACGGGGAAAAAUUAUUGUGCUAAAAAUACAUCAGAGAAAAAAAAUUAUAGAAUAAUUAAAAAAAAGGGGAAAUAUCCCUCAUCUCACGCCACUCUCUUUCUCUCUCCCAGAUUUUUUUUCACAGCCGCAUGCCUUGAGUCCUUAUCCCAUUGCUGUUGUUCGGCUGCCAAAGAUUUUUCACGCAUGCAAGCCCAGGCACGCAUCGUUCCAGCUCCAUGUCCCACGGGAUAUUUCUUAUCUCCUGUGCGCUCACUCAACUGGAUGAGUCUCCUGCGUACCGGUCUUUGAUUUUUCUCUGGAAUGUGCUUGAGCUUGUACAGGCUGUGGCCUUAUCCAUCGCUCGAUUCAUCUCCCUGUCUUUAUCUUCUCCAAGCCGUGGAGCUUCUUCCGCAGCGCGCCCCUCUCCCUGGCUCUUCCCUGCGCGCCGCGGUGCUCCAGCUUGGCCCUGCUCAACUCGCCUCUACACAGCGUUCCUCUGCUCGGCCCUUUUUCCCCUGCACGCGAGCUCUGCGUCUUCCUGCGCGCCGGCUCCUGCUGGGCCGUGCGCCCUGGUGGCUAUCGCGACUGAUCUGUAGCCGCCACCUUCAGCUCGCCGGCAUUUCUUCUCUGCGCGCAGCUCACGCCCUGCUAGCCCCUGCUGCGGGUUGUCGAGCUCUCUGCGCAUGCUCAGCUCACUCUUUCCUUGUUUGCCGCGCGCACGAAUUUUAUCUGCUUGCCACAGCGUGUCGAGCUCCCGCACUAUCAUCGCUUCUAUCGCAAGCUCGUUAGCCACAGUUAUCUUGACCGCGUCAGCUCGCCAGACCUGCAACUCUAUAUACGCCACCCUUCCGUAUCAUUGUCGAGCCCGUCGAACCUCGUUCUUCUCUGCUCGCUCUCGUCGAACUCCAAAUCCCGGAUAUUAGAUAAAAAUAAGCGAGGCCCCUGUGUAUCGCUUAUCAAGUACUCGGUUGAAGACAUCAAUCGAAGAUCGUCGUCGUUUGGUGCGUCGUCAAGAAAUCCCAAGACGAAGCUAGCAGCGCGAUAUUUCCCAAGCACUCGACAAAUUGCUUGGAUCAGAAAAUCGCUACCGAUCUCGCGGAUUCGUGUCAGCUGUGGAAACGGUACGUUAAAUAAUCGCGCGAUGCGGAAGACAAGCCAAGUCGACCCCAAGCGCGGGCAAAUCCGCAGGAUAAUGCUGAUGGACGAACCUACCCGAUCCAGUGCUAGGACAAGGAUGAUCGCCAAGUGGACGUCGUCUAACAACACUAACCUAGUGUUACUCAG